GCGCUGGCGGUGAAGUUCAGUGCGCGGCAGCGCUCACCUCACUGCCUCUUGGUGAAGGAGCACCGGGUGCGGGAAGGGCCCGGAGACACGCACCCGCCGCAGCGCACCCUAUUCGUCCUCAACGUCCCCCCGUACUGCAGCCCGGAUGUGCUGUCCCAGCUGUUCUCCUGCUGUGGGGCCGUGCAGUCUGUGGACCUCCGUGACAAACCGGGACCGGGAGAGAAGGCAGAAAAACGCACGUCCAAGUUCUUCACCAACAGAACGGCAACGGGAUUUCAAGUUGCGUAUGUGGUGUUCAAGAAACCAGAUGGUGUCCAGGCAGCCAAGGCCCUGUCACAGAAAGGUCCCUUGUUGAUAUCAACAGAGAGUCACCCUGUGAAAACUGGCAUUAGCAAGUGGAUCGCCAGAUAUGCAGAGUCAGUAGUGGAUCGAGAAGAACUGAAGGCUGAGGUGGAUGCCUACAUGCAAGACUAUGACAAAAAGAUAGCAGAGGAAGAAGCUAAAGCAGCCAAGGAGGAGGGUUUACCAGAUGAGGAGGGCUGGGUGAAGGUAACACGGAAGGGCCGCAAGCCUGGCCUGCCCCGGACAGAGGCUGCCAACCUGCGGGUGCUGGAGAGGGAGAAGCGGAAAAAGGCCCGCAAAGAGCUGCUCAACUUCUAUGCCUGGCAGCAUCGUGAGACCAAGAGAGAGCAUAUUGCCCAGUUGAGGAAGAAAUUUGAGGAGGACAAGCAGAGAAUUGCACUGAUGCGAGCCCAGCGCAAGUUUAGGCCAUACUGAGCUGCGCUGUUUCUUCUGAUGCCUGUGCUGGAGAGGGCAGGAGAGAUGCUUACAGACUCAUGUGCCAUAGGGUUUCAAGGAACUGAGGCAGUUUCGUAUCCCUGCCAUUGGAUCUCAUGUGGGAGCGUUGGCUUCAGUUGCGCUGCAUCUUCCUGCUUUCCUGGCCGUGCCUGCACUAACAUUAUCCUAGGUGCGUGGGCCAGGGGGGCAGAGGCGUGUCUUCUGACAGCCUGUAUCUCUGUGCCAGCCAAGGCCCUCUUAAGUUUGGUAAGAGACAGUAUUGGCCCAACACAGCCUCUGCAGAGGCAGGGAAUGGCUGAAGAAUUGUAAAUAAACUGGUGCUGUUCCUCAAAGGCAGGAAUGCCCCUUUCUCCAUUGC